AUGCAGCUACUAGGCCAGAUGUUUCGAAGGUACGCCAGCCUACGCACCAAACUGAGGGCACAACAGGUGAACAAAAAUGUAACCAACAGUGCGGGAAACCAUGUAAGAAACGAUACGAACGGAAUGCAGGGAGAGGCGGGCAGCCCCAUCGGAUUAAGCAGAAGACAGAGGGAGAGGAACACCAAAAUAGAUGUAAAAAUAUAUGAACAGCUAAAAAAAAAAAUGUUGGGGAAACCACUGAAUAAGGUGCAAAGGAAAUACCUGAAGGAAAAGCGACCGAAUUUUGCGCCCAUAUUUUUAGACCAGUUAAAGCCAAGAAUGAUAUUAUACAAAACGGCGAUACAAGUGAGUGAGUUGCCGUUACCAAAAUAUCCAGAGGUAGCAUUUAUAGGUAGAUCAAAUUGUGGGAAAUCUACACUAAUCAACGAAUUGUGUGGGAGAACAAAUAAAGCAAAAGUGAGUAAAAUACCAGGAUGCACAAAAGAAAUACAUUUUUAUAAAAUUGCCAAACCUUGUUUGCUAUGUCUAGUUGAUUUGCCAGGAUAUGGAUUUGCCCACAGUAAGGAAGAAUUACGGCUACAGUGGAAUGAAUUUACCUUAUUUUAUUUAAAAAACAGAAAAAAUUUAAAAAAAGUUUUUGUUCUCAUUGAUUGCAGAGUUGGACUAAAAACAAGUGACAAAGAAUUGCUCCAUUUUUUCGACCGAUAUAAUAUUAAAUAUCAGAUAGUCUUUAGCAAGUGUGACUUACUGAAUACGAAAGACAUAGCCGUAAAGAUUCAAAUCGCCAACGAAGAAAUUGCGUGUUUUAAAAAUCUGGAGACCCCAAUUAUUCCCCUCAGUUCGCUGAAAAGACAGAACUUGAAUGAGCUGAGGAGGGAAAUUGCCAGGUAUCAGCUAAACAAAACCAUCGUUAAAAAUAACAUCGUGAUGAAGAUCAACGAUUUGAUCGAACAGAGGAGGCUGAGGAAGUUGGCCGCUAACGCCAUUGUCCAUGCUAACGGUAUUGGCGAUGUUAAUGGUGUUAACGGCGCAGUGGAGGACCAUUUUAGCCACCCCCCAGACGGGGCCAAUACAAAAAGCAAAAGUAAAAUCAAGAGCAAAACAACCAACGUAGGCGAACCCCUCUCGAAGGACAUACUACUCAGCGAUGACACCAUUUCGGAUGCAUUAAAUAGGUGGAAAAAAUUGGACAAACCGGUUGUAGACACACCUUUUAAUCAGUACAUGGGUGGCCACAUGAAGCUCAUAAUAAACGCCCUGCAGGAGAAGUUUCUGCACCACUGCCGUGAAGAGUUUAACGAGAACGACCUAAAAAUUAUUGACGACGUGAUUGAAAAAUGUGGUAAACUGGGUCACCAGGAUGAGAAUUUGGCGGAUCCACCAUUAAAGCAGAUAAAUGGUGAGAUAAAUGAUGCAGAACAGUUAUUCGUGAAAAUCACACAUGGCCAUUACAAUAAGGAGUCCACCUACAUGCAGAAUAAACAAAGGAAAUACAAGAAAGGGUUGGAGUUAACGCAACAACAAUUGGAAGGUGAUGAGGAGGAGCACUUUUGUGGAGAGGCUAUUGACGAUAAAUCCAGUAAGCAUGUUAGUGCAGAUUUAUUCCCAUGGGGAAGGUCUGAUGAAGGAGCCGGCAAAAAGAUUGACGCAAAUGAAAAUGAGGAAACCUACGUGAGGAGCAAAGAAACGUUAUCGGAACAGACGUGGGAUGCCGACCAACCGGUGGGUGAUAAUAACGAAUCAUAUUUUACAAACGGUUUGGAAGUUCCCCACAGUGGUGAGCAUAAAAACAAAACUGAUGAUUCUUCAAAUCUGCCUUUGCUAAGUAGUAUCGACUCGAUGGAACUAGAAAAGGAACUCCUUCUGGACAGUCUACUUUUAUCCAAUGAAAAAAGGAAGAACAAAUAUGAGUACCUCCAUUGCGAAAAUGUAAAAAUGGAUAAUCUGUUUGAAGAAAACAAAAACAAAUCAUGGAGCGAUCAGUUUAAACGUGAGGAUUAUUCCAAAGUUAAGGAAAACAUUUUGUUAGAAGAGGAAGAUACGUAUACCCCUGAGGAUUAUGCAAGUGGGUUAAAGAGGAGUAAAGCGACCACGAAAAAUGGGGACAUCCUCUCCAAUUACACCUUUAACAUAAAGGAUAAAGGCACGCACCAAAUAUACGAAAAAAUCAAGUCAGAUGCGUACAAGAUGUAUAGAAGUAGGCAGCUAGAAAAUUUAGACAUACAAACUAGUUCCGGCACAUCCGGACAAGGCAAAAAUGUACAAAAAGGGGAACUGCACAAUACAGUCCGUUCUGCUUCACAGGGGGACAGCACCCGUGUGGAAAAGAACUCACCUAUAUGUAGUGACUCCCCCACGAAUGGAGAAAAUACCAAUGUGAAGAAACAUUACAUUGGCUUAAAAACCAGAAGCACCAUUAUCAAGGGAACCAAAAAAUUAAAAUUAUUCGGUAAAAAAAGAACGAAUGAUAUUGUUCACGUUCCCACCGAUUUGGCAACAGACUAUUUUAAGUUAAGCAACAACUCCACCGUUUACGAUAAAAAGAAGAACAGCUGGAAUUAUAUUAACUCCAAGUAUAACAAGUGGCUUAAAAAAAUGACCCGUAAGAAGGUCUCCACCGAAAUUACCAGCCCAGUUAGAAAGGUAGACGUUAUGGUGAGAUAUGCACAGAAACAGGAAAGCAAAUAUAAGAAGGAGAAAAACAAACUGCUCAUGCGGAAGAAGAAUUUGGGCAUGAUCACUAAACCGCCUAAUCAUAAGAAGGGCCAAAAGGUUUCAAGAAAUUAUACCCUAUCGGAUGAGCAAAAGAUAUUUGAUAGGGAAGCCUUUUUUAAGUAUCGCGAUGUCCAAAAGUGA